CUUUUCCACAAUUAGUUUUUCAUUAAAAACGGCCCCAGCUCAAUAAAAAUUGUUGAAUAUAAUCAUAAACUAUAACCAGUCGUUCCAACGCUGAAUUCGUGAAUGUCUUAACCGGAGUGUAACUGCUAUCUGCAUUAGCGGAAUAGCUUAGAACUCUUACAUCCGAUUUUUCAGGUAAUCAGUGCUUUUCAGCGUGUAUCUCAGUAAAGCGCUGAACAGCUAAAAUUACUUGCUUUGGAGUUUUACUCUUAGUAUAGCUGAGUCUGUUGGGGAAAUACACACUUCAGCAGCCAGCAGCCACGAAAAAAUCGGCCUUAAAUGGAUUCUGUGAUAGCCUUGAUUAAUACAAUAACAACAUCAGAGUCCAGGCUGCCUGAUGGGCAAUUUUUUAAGGUAUUGUUUAUCGGCCUCCAGUAGGGGCAAGGCACGUUACCUUGAAAAGUCCCAACUGUGAUUUGGCUCGAAAUCAAAAGACGCUAACAGCCAUUUCGAAAAGUAAUUUUUGCAUUAACUUCAGCAGCAUAUAAAACAACAGGAAAGGAACUUCUAUGGUUUCAUGGAUGAACUAACAUAAAAAUAAACUUCAUAAACACUACUUUAAUCAACAAUAAAAAUAUACCACAUUCAUCCCAUACGAACAAUUGUGCUUUUCACACGAUGUUGCCUUGGAAACCCACUAAAACGGGCAAACACUCCACUCUACACAACAAAUGCAAAUCUUCCAUUGUGAAAGUUUCCACGUUGACUAAAUAAAUUGAAAUUAAUUUUAAAAAAAUCGAAUAAUGAGCGGUCGUCAAGCUCAGCGCCGAAAGAAGCAAGCGAAGGGCAAACGGCUAAAGAACCAAACGCAAACCAGUCGCACAAAGUCCAAGCGUCGCAAAUCGCGACCCAGCCGCGAGUACCAGGACAACGAGCGUGAGGUGCAACUGCUGCUGGAAAACACAAGUCUUUCAAUCGACAGCAGCCCGCAAUCCCGUCACGCAGAUGAGCUAGUACGUAGUUUGGACUUCUUUUGCCGCAACAAUGAGGAGGAGUUGAUACAAACAGCGAGCUCUGCAACGCGUAAGUUGAAAUUGAAACGAGAGCACAUCCAGCGGCAAAGGGAUAGUUAUGAAGGAAGUAUUGAUGAAAAUGCUGAGGAGGCGGAAGAGGACGCAUCGCAGGAUGACCUAACAAGCGCCGAUACGCAGGACGAUGAUGCCUCCAGCGGCAGCGAGCACACCGCCUCAGCUGCAUCUACGCAACAACGUGAACACACCGCUUCUACAUAUAUACAAGUGGAUGAAGAUGUGCUAGUACGACUGCGUGCGGCUGACAAAUUUAUGCAAGACCCUACGUUGCUUUUCAAACCUGGCACCACUCUCAUGCCGGAUAUCGCCUUGGCUGCACGUACCGCUGAAGAUGCUGGUAAGCUAAAGUCAUUGCGCGCCAACACAUGUCGCAUGCUCAACCGUUAUCAAGCAGAGCGGCGCGCAAGAGAUGAGCCGGUGUGCAAAGAGUUAGUGGAACAGCUCAAGCGCGUACAAUCGGGCGCGUCGCUUUAUAUGAAAGACCGAACGCUCUAUCGCAGCUUUUGCACCCACAAAUUUCAUACGAUCUUCUGCGAACCAACGCGACAACCGGACGAGAUACCCACACGCAAAUUCGUGCGCAUAUACUUGAAGGAGCUGCUCUUCACCGCGCAUCCACAUUUGCUGGAAGAACACCGUAUCUCAAAUGAGCUGGAGGAGCUUUACGAGCAGUAUGCGCAUCGCCAGCAGGAGCGUGUUUGUGAGAAACUGCGCGCACAGCUGCAAACGGAGCGCCGUGUAGUAAAUGAGCUGCUGCAGCGCGAGUCGAACAGCAGCGCUGAGCUAGAGUUGGCGAGCACAAAAGAGCGGCGUGCGCGCAAACUCGAGCAGCAGCUGCACGGUGUGCGUGCGCUACGCAAUACGCUCUAUGAGGAAGAGGCGCGUUCCAAGCGGCUACUAAAAGAUAUACUCGACAUUUGGGUGCGGUUGAAGCAGCUACGGAAAACGCAGGCGUAUCAGAGCACGCGCUUCAAGCUGCGCAUCAGAGUGGAGGAAGAUGCAACCAAUGCGGCGGCGGAAAGUCAUCGCUGGGCGGAACGUUUCGAAACGGAUUUGAAUGAGAUUUAUCGCGAAGAGUUGGAGAUUUACUAUCGCGCCAAGCGACUGUGGAAGUCGCGCGAUCGCAAGGCGGACUUGGCAGAGCUUCCGGUGAAGCCGCGCAAACCGGACAUCACGCAGCUAUCCACGGAACUGCGCGCCAAGCUGGCCGAGUGCUUGUGCGCGCCGGGCGAACCCAAGAUCCAUGUGCAACUACAUCGCGUCUGCAAUGAGGAGUUCUACAAUCUGCCUGGGCUGCGGCGUCUAAAAAGUUUCUUUAUGAAAAUAUAUUUCGAUGGCGAGUUUGUUAGCGCAACGCGCAGCUAUCGCAUCGAACCCGAUUUACGGCUACCAAUGAACGAGGUGUUUGGCGUGUUUCUGGAGCGUCGUAUGCCAAGAGACAUACGCGUAGCGCUCUACGAAAAGUUCCGGCUGCAUGCGGCGCGCAAAGUUGUUGACAUCCAAGUGCCAGUACCGCACGCGCUGCAGACUGCUGACACGGAGGAGCAACGCGUCACAUUUGAUACGCAAAAGCUGCCUAAGGUUAGCGGUCGCCUCACUAUACGUUUCCAAUGCGAGGAGCAGACGGAUUUCGGUGCUCGCUGGCAUGUGCCAAGCAUUACAACUGCCGCCGCGUCGCUAACAAGCUCACCUUCAAAUCGAGCGCGUGCACGAAAAUGGCAAGCGGAACACUUGCUUGCGGAGUUUGACGAAAAUGUUUCACAUGUCGAUGAAGACGAGACGACAACUGAAGCAGCAGAGCCCACAGAAAGGUCACUAACCGAGCCAAUUCGCACCUGCACGUUUGAAGAGGAACUCCUACAAUUCUGCGCCGUUGAAGAGUUAGAAAACAAUCGGCGCUACAAGCUGCUACGUUCGCGUUAUUUGAAAAAUGAUGCACGCACGCGUGACCUGCGCUUCAUAGCACCGCUCGACAAUGAGCUCGAAUUCGAUUGGCCCGACAAGGAGGAAGCGGUCAUUGAAGCAGGCGAUUGGAUGGAUGCGAUCGACUUGCACAAGCAUGAGGGCAAGAAAUAUCUGAAGGAACUUUAUGAAGCGAUACGUAGCCAGUGCGCACGUUUGAGCACAGCAGCUGCGAGUGUGGAACAACUACUGAUCGGAGAUGUGCCGGCCAGUUGGAGCACAUUCUUCCAAGCUUUAAGUUUAAUUUUCAACCCGAAACGUACACUAAGAGCGCCACUGAGCCAACAACCGGUCGUAACGCAUGCGCUAUCAUUGGAUAUGAAUGCUUGCCAAAACUUCAGGAUCGUUUUGAAUGUUGUGCGCGCCACUGGGAUACCGGUGCGCAUGCCGAGCUCAGCGGAUAGCGAGAGUAAAGAGCGCAGUAACGAAAGCCCAAAUAUGUUCGUGAGUCAACUUUAUAAAUACUCCAACGUCCGACCUUUCAUCGCUUUGAGUUACAAGGACAAGUUUUGUCGCUCGCUAACUGUCGAGGGCUCGAAUCCGACAUGGAAUGAACAGCUUAUUUUAGAGUUAAGCGGUAGCUUAGCUGAUCUGCGCGAAGAUCUCAAGAUUUCACUUUUUGACGAAGUGGUUGAGAACCACGUUAACGAGGAUCUUAGCGUGCGCAAUAUGGAUAUUUAUCAGCGCAUACAAACCAAUUGGUUGGGUGAAUAUCGUUUUCCGAUCCACGCAUUGCUGUCGCAGCAAAAGGUUUGCAGAAUGUCUCACACGCAGUUCGAUUCCCAACUCGCUGCCAUUUAUUUUAUUUUUCUCGGUUUCCAGCUUGAGGGUGUGCUCGAACUCAAUACCCCCAAAGUGCUGCUCGGCUACAAACAACCCACGUUGGAACACAUCACUUCGCAAGCUGACGUCAAUAUAACUAUCGAGCAAUUCCCCGAAAUCAAAGAAACCGUACGCCUCUGGUACUACAUGAGCAUUGAGCCGCAUAUAACGCUGCCGCGUCUAAAUACCGCUUGCCUGGAAUGCGCCGAACUGAAAGAGGUGCGUCGUCAGCUGCAACAAUGGUGUCUACAAGUGCAGGAGCUGCGUCCACAACGUUACAUCGAACCGCUGGUUUGCACAGCCGAGGGUAAGCGUGUAUGCCUGACGCGUCUCCUAGAGCCAGUACCACUGCCGUUGGAGACGAGCGAACAUCAAUUGGAGCUGGUCUGCCGUUUUGUCGCGCAGCUGAAUGUAUUGAAGGGGUUUGAUCCUUGCGCAUCCUUCGAGGGUAUUUGGCUAAACAAUCAGUGUGUACUGGAUACCAAUUGGGGUACGGUGAAGGAUUUGGGUGUGCUGCUGUGUAAUUUCCUGCUCAGCAUUGGUUUGAGUUGCUGGUUGGUGCUUGGCUUUGCGGCAGCAUAUGGCGAAUGUGCUUUUGUUUUGUUUAGAAGUGAGGAGGGUGAGCUGCUGCUGAUCGAUCCGUACACUGCCAAGCGUUAUGGCACACGUGAUGUCUUUUGUCCGCUUUAUAAGAUAUGCCUUGUGGUGGCGCAGGACAAUUUAUAUUGCAACAUACAGGCUGAAUCACGCGUGACAAUGACAAAUUAUAAUUUCAACGAUGCAUCCUUUUGGCUGCCAGCCUUCAGUAAACGCAACCCUGCUCCUUUAGGUGGCGUACAAAAGUUGAACUAUAGCUAUCAGCUUAGCUGCAAUACUUUUGAAUUGAAGCGCAAUAUUGAGCGCAAAGUAAUGAAGAAAAUAAAUUCGUGGCGCGCAAUGCGUAAGACCAUUUGGAAUCGCGCUUUUCAGCCACGUCUUCAAAGCAUUCUUCAGAACUUGGAGCAGUUUUGUACUUCCGGUAAUGGUUCAUACGCGGAGGCCAAAUAUGCAGAUCAAAUAGCAGCCGAGUUCCCUAAUUAUAAGAUCUACGGUUAUGCGCUCAACUUUCCCUACACAAAUUUAACAUCAAUUUCGGAGCGUAUCAAGUCCACUGGCAUACAUUUGAAUACAGAUAAACGUGUCGAAUUUUGUUUGGCAACACACAUCCACAUUUAUCCCAAUGAUGUGCUCUCAGUGUGGAUAUUUCUCAUAUCGGUAAUACCAAAUCGGUUUUAAUAGAAAUAAGAACAAUAUUUUGCGUGUCAAUAUAUGAAAGAUUUGCAGAGAGCUGACUGCAGGUAAGUCAAAUUUUAUGCAUAAACUAAAUGUUUUGAGGUGGGACUAAUAACGUGGGACUACAAAAAAAAAUCGAUUAAAGUUUAUUUUGACUAGGCCACCUCUUUUGUAUCCAUAUUUUUGGGCUCACUGAAGACGAGUUUGAAGUCCGGUUUGGUCCAUCGCGUCAAGAUUUUUUUCUAACCUCAAAAGUCCCAGCGGAAUCCAGGGGUUUUUAGAGUCGCUGAUCACGAAUGUGAAGUCAGUUUUUUUAAAACCAAUAUGAAGGAGCUUAUGUGGCAACCGAAAUUAAAAAAAUUCGAAUUUAUAUAAAACUUGGUAUCCGGGGGAUUUCGAGGUCGGUGAUUACGAACUUAAAGUUCGAUUUUCAAAAUUGCAAAUUGCGGCUCCAAUAUGGUGGUCGAAAUUUUUACAAAUCAUUAAAUUUAUAAAAAACUUUGUAUAUAGAGGGUAAAAUAAAAAAUAUAAAAAGUGGUACGUACAUAUAGGUUUUUGAGGUUGUUGAUUACGAAUCUCAAGCCAGAUUUCUGAAAUCGAAAUCCAAAAGGUGUUUUAAAAGAUGACCACUGACUUUAAAUUUCGAAAAAUUUCUUAUGUUAUUCGAUUACUUUCAAAUUCAAUAUGUAUAUUUUUUUUAAUUCGAUCCGUCAUUUUAGAGUUUGAAAGUUUUACUUCAUAUUCGUAAUAAGCGACCCUAAAAACUCCUGACUGCCAAGAUUAAAUAAAUUCAUGAAUAGU